AUGCUGAGAAAAGUUUCGGCCAUUAUGGUCAAUGCGUUGAAAAGAACGUGUGCCCCGAGAUCGAUCUAUCCGUGCGGCAUGAGAACAGCAUGCAAUUCACCAGCAGCGUCACCGAGUCCGGUCUGUUGUCCUCCGGAGUCGGAGUCGUCUGACGAAGUGAUACCAGUUGCUAUAAACGGGAUGGGUCGCAUCGGGAAAUGCUUAAUGCGUCUGGCCUUUAGCCGAGGCAUUAAUGUAAAUAUAAUACCUAUAUAUAUAUGAAGUUAUUCUUUUAUCAGAAUGUGACGAUGUUCUCAGAGGAUAUAAAAUACCUACAGACUACAAUUGAUUUAUAUUUUAAUUUUUUUGGGUUUUUACAGAAUUAUUUCAACUUUAUUUUAACACUAUUUUCAAAUUUCCAUCAUUAUAGAUAUCUUAAAGGAAUAUUGCCUAGUGAUUUUCAAAAGGAAACAUCCUUAACCUAACUUCUCGCUUCUUCUCAACGCAGAUUUGAAAAAAAAACAACAUAUUUCAAAGAAAUAUUGAUAUGCAUAAUGCAUUCAUAUUGGAUUUACGCCAUUUACUCGUUAUUUACUUAUAGCAAUAUUUAAAAUUUAGAGUAGUUACCUAUACUAGGUACUAGGAUAUAAAUAAUUGAUCGUGAUCAAAUAGAAUUACUCUGUACAUAAUAAACGCUCGACGAUGAACAAUGUCCUUUUCUUCAAGGAGUUAUUACUGUAUAACUAUCGUAACUAUCGAACUAUUGCAAAAAUUGCAUACAUGCUUAAUAGGUUUUUAUAACAAAAGAUCGACACAAAUAACAUAAUAUAAUAGCUUUUGUUAUAACUCUGCAGAGUUGUUCUCUAUAAUAUUCUGUAUUUCCCCGUGACUCGUCGUUUUCAUUCUCACCCUUAUCAACUACAAUUAACUUAGUUAAAAAUACAUUUUAUUGCUCGUGAUAACUGAAUUAAUUUUUAAUCCAUGUCACCAAACUGUGUCAGCCAUCCUAAAGAAGUGGAAUUUUCAAAAAUCCUUUCUUAAUGCCGACAUCAAAAAGGAACCUUAAUUCAAAAUUUCGAGUUUCUAACUUCGGCGGUUUAGACUGUGUUAGUCGGAGCAAAUCAUUUUAUAUGUACUCAGAUAAUAAAGACCACGAUUUUCUCACAGAUUGUCGCCGUCAAUCAACCUUUCGCUACCUCUGAAAUGAUCGCGCACUCACUCAAAUAUGACACGGUACACGGAAAAUAUACUGGAUCAGUGUGCGCAAAUGACGGUUACCUCUGCAUUAACGGUAAGAUAAAAAAUUAUGAUGAAAAAAAUAAAUAUAUUACUUCAAAUCUCGUGUUAAAUUAUCAAGCAUUUCUGUUUAGUCGAACAAUUAUAACAGUAAAUAAAAUACACAUUCUACCUUAUUUUUUAUUUAGUAAGUUAAUAGAAACUAAAAAAUAAACUCGAAAAUAUCAAACGCUUAUAAAUAACUUAAAAACGAGUACGUCUAAAAAGUGGCCAAUUCGUAUUCUGUAAAAAUUUCAGAUCUUUAUUUUUAACAGAAUUAUAACACAUAACCAAAUUAAAAUGAAUUAACCAUUCAUACCGGAAUUUCAAAUUCUAAACAUACCGAAAAAUCUAUUAGUUUUACUGUUUUUUUUGUUUUUUUGUUUUUGUAUAUUGUAUGUCUGUAAAAAAAACUUUUCAACCAGAAACAUCGCUCUAAUUGAAAAAUGACGAAAUAUUACAUUUGAUACCUUGUUGGUAAAUAGGAAAGUCUUUAUGUAAUUUGCCAAGCAGAUUUUCAUAAUAAUUGUAAAAAACCAAAAAAAGACGGAGUUCAUAAAUUGUACUUAAUGAUAAAAAAAAUGAAUUGAGCAUAAUGUUAUAAUCUUUUUUAUAAUCGUUUUAAGAUCAAAUUACGAAAAAAAUCGUAAUUACGGCAUUUUAAAACAUAUGUAACUGAACUUUGCUCAGAUUCGUAUUUAGUAGCAAUAGUUUAUCGUUAUUUAAGAUAUGAAUUAAAUAACUGUAUGUAUCUUAGUUUCCCAACUUCCCACCUACAUCAACAGUGGCAUCAAUCAACAGUAUCAACUCUUUUUUUCUUUUCGAUUUCCUACAUUUUUUCACCAUUUUUCUCAAAUAUUAUGAAAAUGUUUGAAAAAUCAUAAAGUAUCUAAUCCACAAGUCAGACAACAUUUUCUUUCAGAUAAGUUGCUUUUUUUCGAAAUUCCGAAAUUUUAUUUUAUUUUAAAAAAAAAAUUGUAUGCAGUAAAUUUUUGUUAGUUUCCUUUUAAGAGUUUUUUUCCGGGAUUUUCCAAUUUUAUUAUUAUGAAAUAUGCAUAGAAUUCACCAAAAAAAAUCUGUUGGUAUUUUCUAAUUUAAGCAAGAUUUUUGGUAAAAAUUUGUUUAUAGAUAAAAAAACAAAUUUAAAAAAUCACACAUCAUAAUAAAACCAAAACAUUCCUUGUUACGUUAUAGGAAUCAAAGUAAGGGCGGAUUUAUGGGGAGAAGGUUAGUAGCCUGUGGUGUCGGCACAGAUGCGGUCGGCACAUUUACGUUCACGACCUUUUUGGUGGCACUUACGGUUACUCAGUUUUUUUUUUUUACCUGUUUUCUUUUUUUAUACGGACAUUCGUGUUUGUGUAUAUUUUCAUAUUUAAGAUUCGAUAAAGUAAUAAAAUGUAUUGGUUUUUUUUAUGAUGUUUAUUUAAAAAAGAGCAUAAUUAAGCCUCAUAUUUACAGGCAAUCAUAUUUAAAUUUAAAUUUUUAAUAUUAUAUAGUUAGAGUGAAAUUAAACUUUUCACUUUUUAUGUUAUUUAAUUAUUUAAAGGUACACAAUUCGAUACGAUGACAUAGUAAACCUUAAUAAUUAAUAAACCUCGACCAACUUUUUUAGCUUUGUACAAAUGUCUUAUGUUAGAAUUUAAACACAGAGACUUAUUAUUUUAUCGACUUUUUUUUGAACAUGAAGGGAAAGAAACGGACAAAUUGUUACAUGGAAAUCGACAAUAGAAUAGAUAAAACAAUAAAAUCAUACUAAAAUAACAAAGACUUAAAAAGUAGUCUAAAAACUCUUUCUUUCAUCCAAAAAAAAUAUCUGACAUAUCUUAAUAAAAUUAAAAUAAAUUAAUAAUGAUAAUAUAACAGUUAAAUAUUUUAUAAAAUAACUUUAAACACGCCAGUAUUUAUUUAAUUAAUAUUUAUUGUCAGUCCAAAGCCCUUAAAUGUGGGAAGGGAAAUUUGAAUACACAUGAUAGUAAAAACAAUACAUUUGAGAAAUGUAUUUAAAUGUACUCCGCUCCUAAUCUAAAAUAUGAAAAUAUACACAAACACGAAUGUCCGUGUAAAAAAGGAUAGCGGGUAAAAUAAAAAAUAAAUGACUGCAAGUGCCCCCAAAAAGGUCGUGACCGCAAAUGUACCAACCAAAUUUAAGAAAAUCUAAAAAUUAUUUCCAUAGACUAUGUUCUAUAAAAAAAGGUCUGUGUAGGAGAUUACAUCAUUAAUUUUUGAAAGGUAAAAAGAGACUAUGUAGACGUUUAGGUAUACUGUGUUUUAAAUAUAAGCAAAAAGGUCAUUUUUGUAGAAGUCUACAUGUAGUCUAUGAAAGGUAUUAAAAGUCUUAAAUUAUUUAUUAUUGAUUUUAAACCUAGCCUCACAGACAUUUUGUAUCUAAUAAUAUACAUUGUGAUAAAUGUUAUUUUAUAACACAUUAAAUAUAAUUUUAGAUUCUGGGAACAAGUAAUGUAUUAGUUUUACAAUAAUGUUUAUUAUUAUUUUUAGCACUAUUUCUAAAAGGAAAUUUGGGGAGGUACUUUAAGGGUAGUCAUUUUUUAAUUUUCCCACGGGUUUUCUCAACAAAUGGGAAAAAACCGGAAAAACGGUAAAAUAGGUACAAUAUUAAACUUUAAUUUAUUAUUAAUAUAGAAAAUAUAUAAUAUAUAUGUAAUUAUUUUACCACGUGAAAUAUAUAUGUUGUUGACAAAGCAACACUGUCAAUCGAAUUUUGCUCAGAAUUAUUUUUUCGUUAGCUGCAAUGAUUGCGUACAUAUAUACAUUAAAUUACCUAUAACAGUAGCUGCACCCGUUCCCAUUAUCCUAUGACAGCUUUUUUUGUUUUACUGUAAGGCAAUAUUUAUACAUUUUAAUCAGCUCUCCUCGAAAUAAAAUUGUGGACACGCGAAUCAAAGAUUUAUAUUAGACAAAACUAUAUAGAAAAUAUAAAAAAAAUUUACGUAGCUGGGAAGGUCUUUCUUCCCUGGGUUAAAGAUAUCAUGUAAUAUAACCAUUUUCCGAAUAGGUAAAUGCGUGAGACUAUAUCAUGAACAAAAUCCUGAAAAAAUCCCAUGGAAAGAUACUUCGGUCAAAUACGUGAUAGACGCGACAGGGAAAUUCACCGUACAAGAAGCACUUUCGGUAAAUAUAAUAUUAAUGUAUUAAAUCUUCUUUUUAAGGACUUUAUUUGUUCUACAGUGUACGUACCUACAUUUUUCAAAUUAAACUAUUAAUAUAUACACCUAUCUAUUAACAAUGACAAUGAAUGAUAAUAUUAUAUUUGAUUUUAAAAUUAUAACCUAAAUUAACAAUUUUAUAAGUAGAUGAAGUUUUAGAUUAAUCACAAUUUGGUGUUGACAUUUUUAAAAUCGGUUGCUGUUUAAAAAUCAAAAAUGGCUUCAUUCUCAAAAAUAAGAGUGACAAAAACUGAUAAUGUACUAUUAUGAUUAUAGAGUUAUUUAUUUAUUGAAUAUUUUAAUACUUUCCAAGAUAAAGAGUAUCAUUAUAUUGAUUAACUUGCGUAUAUAGCUAUACGUUUAACACAUGGUAAAAUGUUCGAUUUUCUUAUUUUUCGACCGAUUUGUACUUAUUCCUUUUUAAUUAUGAAAAAUAUUAAAUAGUUAUUAUGGGAAACAUUUGAGCGGAAUUAGACAAUUUUUUUCGGUAAAUAAUAUUUUUUUCAUUAUCAUUGGUCAAUAAAUUUAGUAAGUUUAAUCAAAUAUCAUAGAUAUUCCAAAGUCUACCGAUUAUAUGAAAAUAAUGCUAUUGAUCGACAAUAGUUACAUAUUACAUAAUAUUUGUUACAGUGUAAAACAAAAUCUCUGGUAUAUUUGGACGUCCGUUGGAGUGAGGGCAAUAUAGGGGACUUGUCACAUCCUGAAAAAUAAUAUGAACUAACAUUUUUAUUUUUAAUCUUCCCCUUCCCUGAAAUUUUACCGGGCCUCUAUGGUGAUACAUGUAUGACUUUUGUCACGUACUCUUAUAGAAACACUUAACGGCGGGUGCCAAAAAAGUCGUACUCACUGCGCCGAGCAAAGAUGUCCCGAUGUUCGUAAAGGGCGUGAAUUUUGACACACUGAAGAACACCUUGAACGUGGUGUCCAAUGCUUCCUGCACCACAAAUUGCGCCGCACCGUUGAUCCACCUCAUGAACAAAAAGUUCGGGGUGAAUAACUGCCUGUUGACUACGACGCACGCCGUGACUAGCACCCAGCAAGUACACGAUGGACUGAACUACGUAAGCGCGCCGCAAGCGUACACAACAAAUAAUAAUAAUGUUAUGUAAAUCAUAUUUUCGAAAUUAUUAUUAAUUUUGAUUCGCAGAGGUCAGCCUAUGGAAACAUCGUACCUAGUGCGACGGGCGCCGCGAAAGCCGUGGGUCUCGUAAUACCCGAACUCAAAGGCAAAGUAGACGGUGAUUCGGCCCGAGUACCGACGUUGGACGUGUCGCUUUUGAAGCUAUACAUGAAGUAAUAAUCGACAUGCACGUUUAGAUACCUACCUAUCCGUCACAUAUGCUUAUCAGUUACAGUGGCGUAAUUGAGAAUGUUUUAAGGAGGAUAUCAAAAUAAAUUUCCAUAACAAUCUCGUGGGAGGUUUGCCCCAAACAACAUUCCCCUACCAAUAUUUAAUAACUCAUCACCAGGGCUAAGAAGUUUUCUUUUAAAUGGCACGUCUACAUUUUUAAAAUCGCAAGAUAAUGAGUGUACUCACUUAAAUGGAUCACCUGGUAGUUAAACAUUUAUAAUUUUAGAUUCCAAGUGGAGUGAAGAAGCUUAAUGUUUUACAAAGAUGUAAUUUUUAAACCAGAAGAAGACUUGCUCAGAUUUUAAAGUGUAGCAUCUUUUCUGAAAGAAAAUCGGUAUGAGGAGAUACAAAAAGGAAGUUUUUCGAUUUUCUCAAGGGUUUUCUUAUCAAAUGCGAAACACUGAAAAAAAAGGGGAAUAAGUACGAAAUAUAUUACUAAAAAAUUAUGAUUUUUUUUGCUGUACACAACUAUUCUAUCAGCAAUUUUGCUCCAACUUAUAAUUAUAGCAAUAUUUCUACAAGGAAAUUUUACUAAGGGAGGUACUUAAGAGAAUCAUUUUUCGAUUUUUUAAGGCGUUUUUUCAUCAAAUUUAAAAAAACCAAAAAAAAAAAAACUGAGUAAAACAGAAAAAUGUAGGUGUUAGUUAAAAUAUAUAGCGACCUUCUUUUUUUCUGUACAUAACUUUUCUACCAUCAAUUUGCUAUCAAAUUUACAAUGUUAGCAAUUUUUCUAUAAUAAAUAAUCUCAUUAAAGAGGUUAGAUAAAUGUCUCUUCAUUAAAAUUUCGAAUUAGCAUUCUAUAUUUCUAUUCAAAAAUAAGGUGUCUAAUUUUUAUUUAUUUUUAUUAUUAUUUGAAACUAUUAAUUCAUCUUUAUCCUCUCUUUCCUCUAAUAAAAGUAAAAUAAUUUUGUUAUUAUUUGUAACACUAAUAUUGAACUCAGAAGACAAAAAUAAACAAUCGAAAAAACAAAGGUCCUCAUAGUAUGCACAGUACACAGAUACUGAGUAAAUAAUAAUAAUAAAAAAAAGCUGUUCUAGGAUAUUGGGACGGGUGCAGCCACUGUUGAGGUGGAAAGUUGGGAAGGUAGUAAAACCGAAAUUGAAUGUAUUUGUAUAUCUGUAAACAACGAUAAACCAUUACUAACGAAUAAAUAAUUCUGAGUGGAGUUCAGUUGAUAGUCAUACUUUGUCAACAAUAUGUAUGUCAAUAUUAUGGUAACAUGAUUACAUAUGCGGAAUUAUAUAUUAUUUUCUUUAAUAAUAUUUAUUUAGUAUUACACUAAUUUUACCAUAUUUUUCCUCGGUUUUUCACAUUUUCUGGAAGGUAAAUCAAAAAAUGACCUUCCUAAAAUACCAUCCUAGUCAGAUUUCCUUUCAGAAAAAGUUCUAUUUUGGUAAAUCGGAGAAAAAUUGCUGGUAGAAAAGUUUUUCACGAAAAAAAAAUCGUAAUAUUUUGUUUAUGCAUUUCGUACAUUUUCCUGUUCAUACUCAGUUUUUUUUUUUUUUGGUUUUUCAAAUUUAAUGAGAAAACUCCUGAAAAAAUCAAAAAAGACAUUUCUUUUCAGAAAAAGGUCUACAUCAUAUUCAUCGGAGUAAGCUUUCUAGUAGAAAAAGUGUUCACAUAAAAAAAAAAAAUAUAUAUAUAUAAACAUCUUUAUAAAACCAAUAUAUUCUUCGCUACACUCAGAAUUUAAAAAAUGCAGACAAAUUAUUAUUUUCUAAAUAGAAAAAUUGAAACGUUAAUUUGAAAUUUUAAUAAAAAGAGAUUUGUCUAACCUCGUCAAUGAGUAUUUUUUUUUCUGUAGGUAAAAAUUUUAUCAUAUUGGCACACGACCUACCGACGUUUUUUGUCGCUUUGCAGUGGUCGUGAGUAGGAAACCGUACCUUUAAAAUGUGUUUUUUUUCCGUAUAGUAAAAAUGCUUCGAUCUUUUCACGUUGUACCUUAAAUGAUGCGGAUAUAUUCCUAAACAUUUUUCUAAAACCUAAAACAAAAAAGAGCUUAUACUGUGAUCUGUUUAUACCACUGCUGUGCCACUGUUGUAGGUAGAAAAUUGGAAAGUAGGAUAUAAAAAGUUAUUUAAUUUAUAUCAGUAUAAACAAAUAAACCAUUACUAAUGAAAAACAAAUUGAAAUGAAGUCAUAACUUUAAGUCCCCACUUUAAGAAAAAACAAACAUGAGUUUUCUGUCAAAAUGUCAAGUCCCUUUAAAUAUUUUUUAACUAAAUUGCAAUAAAAAAACAGAAUUGAAAAUAAUAAAAUUAUUAUUUUCAAAAAUAUUCUCAUUCUUUCUAAUUUUUUUCAGUUUUUCUUAAUUAUUAAAAAAAACUUCAGGGAAAAGUCAAAAAACUAUUCAACAAACAAGGUGUUUUAUUGAUUUUCCAUUUGAAAAAUAUUUUUGGUAGAAAACAUAAAGCUCAAAAACUUAAAAUAAUGAAAUCAUAACGCCAUCAUAGUUUUCAUUUUACACUUUUUUCCGGUAUUUUCUAAUUAUUAAAAAAACUAGAAGGAAAAUCAAAAAAGAACUUUCUCACUCAACAACAAAAUUAAAAAUGCAACAAAAAAGGUUACUUGUAGUUUUUCUAUUGGAACAAAAUUUCUGGUAAAAAGUUGCCCAAAGACCCAAUAUCAUACGACGCACAAACAUAUAUGUUUAUCAUAUGUGAAAUAAAUAAAUCCCUUGCUACGCUACGAAUCUGACACUGCCAAUACAAACAUUUCUUUGAUUUCUAUUUUAUGAGUUACCUGGGCUGCAAAGGGAAAUACGAGACAAACUUAUUAUUAAAUUAUAAUGUCUAUAUUUUUAUAUUACCAUGCUAGUAUUCGAGGUCCACAUAGAAUUGUGUUUUGAUUAUAGUGAUUUAUCUUUCUAUUCAGUUAAUAUAAAUUAAAUAAUUCACGAACGAUCUCACCUACAAAAUAGUGACUUAUUCACGGCGCAAAGUGUAUGUCCAUCGUUUUAAAAAACUUGUUGGUCGCCAUACAUCAUUAUACAGUGUACCAUCCUCGUGUCCUUGUGCAGAUAUUAAUUAACAGGGGUCUACGUCAAAAUCUUAAAUGGUAACACCAUGAACGGCAAAAUCUUAAACAGCAAACAUUUGAUCGGCAAAUCCUUGAACCAGCAGAAUCUUGAAAAAAAAUCUGACAAAAUCUUGAACUGUAAACUCUUGCAUCGGCAAUACCUAUUAGAUCAUUUUCUAUGGGAUAAAAAUUAGUCAGUUCAAAGUUUUUCCAUUCAAGGUGUUGCCGUUCAAGAUUUUGACAGCUCUCCGUUAACAGGUUACGCAGACUUAUUAAAACGAGUUUUGAGGGAUCUCUACACAUAUAUUAUUUUUGAUACCUAAUAUACCUCGCUCCUUAAAUUUAAAUUCUCAAGAUGGAUAAUUGUACUGUAUGAUUCGAUUGUUUUAAAAUUUGUCGCAGUGUCAAAAACGAGGUGACCGUGGAAGCGAUCAAAUCCGAGAUCAAAACACAGGCGGCGGGUUCGAUGAAAGGUGUGGUAACGUACAUAGAUGACCAAAAGUACGUGAGUUCGGAUUUCCUCGGGUCUCAUUAUUCGUCCAUCGUGGACUUUAAACAGAUCCAGGUCAUAGACAAAUUCGUUACGAUCAGCGCCUGGUAUGAUAACGAAAUGGGAUACGCGAACAGGGUUUUGGACCUCAUUAAACACGUGAUGCAAGUGGAUCGUUAA